AUGGAUUCAUUGCUUAUCGACAACAAUGGAAAAAGUCUCCACGUAAACCAUUGGAAGAAGAAAGUGGUGAUUAUUUCCAUAUUACAAGUUUUGAUGGCUAAGCUACAACCUGGCAAUGUGGUUGCUGUCAAGAAACUUCAUUCAUCAUCCGAGAAUGUUGAUCAUAGUGGUUUCCUUAAUGAGGUAGGGGCAUUAACGAACAUAAGGCACCGAAACAUAGUGAAACUCUAUGAAUAUUGCUCCCAUGCCCGCAACUUAAUUUUGAUUUAUGAAUACCUUGAAAAUGGCAGCCUUGGAUCAAUUUUAAAAAGCGAUGUUUUAGCAAAAGAAUUGGAUUGGUUACCAAGGGUCAAUAUUGUAAAGGGCGUUGCUAAUGGUUUGGCUUAUAUGCAUCACGAUUGUUCACCGCCUAUAGUGCAUAGAGACAUUUCCAUAUCCAACAUCCUUCUCGAUUCUGAUUAUGAGGCACGCAUUUCUGAUUUUGGCACAUCCAAGCUUUUAAAGCUAGACUCAUCUAACUGGACUGCAGUAGCAGGAACCUAUGGUUAUAUCGCUCCAGAGCUUGCUUAUACGAUGGUGGCAAAUGAGAAAUGUGAUGUGUAUAGCUUUGGAGUUGUUGCACUAGAAGUGGUCAUGGGAAAGCAUCCUGGAGAACUCAUAACAUCUUUACCAACAUUAUCAGAUGAUCAUCUGGUGUUAGCAAAUGUGGGAGACAGUCGGAUACCGCCUCCCUCAUCCCAAAUUGAGAAAGAAGUUAUGUCAGUAUUGAGAGUCUCAAGAGCAUGUUUGAACUCCAAUCCACUUGAAAGGCCAACGAUGCACCAAGUUUCAAAUCUGUUGAUGAAGGCCUAA